AAGGAAAGCGGAGCCGCGGCGGAGGCAGCGAAACAAAGUUUAUUCACCUCGAAGUGACGCAAAAAUUCUUAAAGCGCUCUUUGGCGGCGGAUAUCUAGAGAUCAGACCAUGUGAGGGGCCGAGAGUACAAAUACGCCCGCUCCGGCGCACGCUCCGGCAGAGGCAGCGUCCGCCCCCCAGUGCCUCGAGGGCGCGAGAGUCGCCCAGCCUCGGAGAGCCCCGGGACCAGACCCGCGACUGUUUCCCGGCAGGGCUCUCAACCCCGUUCAUAUAAAGAUCUGAGGGGAACCACAAACACGAGGACCAAGAACUCGGUUCAGGUCCCCGGCAGAUGGACAUCAGUCUCCUCCACUACCCAUCAGGAUGGAGACCACGCCCUUAAAUUCUCCAAAGGAGCCGUCAGCGUGUAAGAAUGGAGAAGAUUGCCAGGAAAAUGGACUUCUGCAGAAGGGUGUCCCUGCCCCAGGGGAUAAAGUGGAUUCUGGCCAAAUCUCCAAUGGGUAUUCAGCAGUUCAGGGCCCUGGAACAGGAGAUGGCACCCGACACUCUGCCCCAGCAGCCACCACCACCCUAAUGGCCGAGGUUCAUCAUGGGGAGCGGGAGACCUGGGGCAAGAAGGUGGAUUUCCUCCUGUCAGUCAUUGGCUAUGCUGUGGACCUGGGCAAUGUGUGGCGCUUUCCCUACAUAUGUUACCAGAAUGGAGGAGGGGCAUUCCUGCUCCCCUACACCAUCAUGGCCAUUUUUGGGGGGAUCCCUCUCUUCUACAUGGAGCUUGCUCUGGGUCAGUACCACAGAAAUGGAUGCAUCUCAAUAUGGAGGAAAAUCUGCCCGAUUUUCAAAGGGAUCGGUUACGCCAUCUGCAUCAUCGCCUUCUACAUCGCCUCCUACUACAACACCAUCAUGGCCUGGGCCCUCUACUACCUCCUCUCCUCCUUCACGGGCCAGCUGCCCUGGACCAGCUGCAAGAACUCCUGGAACACAGGCAACUGCACCAACUACUUCUCUGAGGACAACGUCACCUGGACUCUCCACUCCACGUCCCCUGCUGAAGAGUUUUACACGCGCCAUGUCUUGCAGAUCCACCGGUCUAAGGGUCUCCAGGACCUGGGGGGCAUCAGCUGGCAGCUUACCCUCUGCAUCAUGCUGAUCUUCACUGUUAUCUACUUCAGCAUCUGGAAAGGUGUCAAAACAUCUGGCAAGGUGGUGUGGGUGACAGCCACGUUCCCUUAUAUCAUCCUUUCUAUCCUGCUGGUGCGGGGGGCCACUCUCCCUGGAGCCUGGAGGGGGGUUGUCUUCUACCUGAAACCCAACUGGCAGAAACUCCUGGAGACAGGGGUGUGGGUUGAUGCUGCAGCUCAGAUCUUCUUCUCUCUUGGCCCUGGCUUUGGGGUCCUCCUGGCUUUUGCUAGCUACAACAAAUUCAACAACAACUGUUAUCAAGACGCCCUGGUGACCAGUGUGGUGAACUGCAUGACGAGCUUCGUGUCAGGAUUUGUCAUCUUCACGGUGCUUGGGUACAUGGCCGAGAUGAGGAGUGAAGAUGUGUCUGAGGUGGCCAGAGAUGCAGGCCCCAGUCUCCUCUUCAUCACAUAUGCAGAAGCCAUAGCCAAUAUGCCAGCCUCCACAUUCUUUGCCAUCAUCUUCUUCCUGAUGUUAAUCACACUAGGCUUAGACAGCACGUUUGCAGGCUUGGAGGGGGUGAUCACAGCUGUGCUGGAUGAGUUCCCACACAUCUGGGCAAAGCGCCGGGAGUGGUUUGUGCUUGGCGUGGUCAUUACCUGCUUCUUUGGAUCCCUGAUCACCCUGACUUUUGGAGGGGCCUACGUGGUGAAGCUGCUGGAGGAGUAUGCCACGGGGCCCGCCGUCCUGACUGUCGCGCUUAUUGAAGCAGUUGCCGUGUCUUGGUUUUAUGGCAUCACUCAGUUCUGCAGUGAUGUGAAGGAAAUGCUUGGCUUCAGCCCUGGAUGGUUUUGGAGGAUCUGCUGGGUAGCCAUCAGCCCACUGUUUCUCCUGUUCAUCAUUUGCAGUUUUUUGAUGAGCCCCCCACAGCUACGACUUUUCCAGUAUAAUUAUCCCCACUGGAGCGUCAUUUUGGGUUACUGCAUAGGAACCUCGUCUUUCAUUUGCAUCCCCACCUAUAUAGCUUAUCGGCUGAUCAACACCCCAGGAACAUUUAAGGAGCGUAUUAUUAAAAGCAUCACUCCAGAAACACCAACAGAAAUUCCCUGUGGGAACAUCCGCUUGAAUGCUGUGUGAUGUGCUUUGAGAGGAAAAUGACUUCCCAACAACCUCUUCCUCCACUUCUGACCUUGUCAUGCAUCGCCCUCUCCCCUCUAAAUGAAUGAGUUUCCAGCUCAGCCCGACGAUGGAAGAGCUUUCUACAUAGAGACAGAGUCCCAAAAGACCAUGGUGCACAGACUCUUAGAGCCUCCAGCCACUUCUUUCCAUGAAAUCUCCAGGACAUAUUACCAUAUUAGGCUCUGUCUGUGACACAGCUGAACUGGCUCAUUUUGGACUUGUGACGGUGUGUGUGGAGGUGAUGAAAACCACCCUAUCAUCAGUUAAGAUUAGGUUUAAAGUCAAGUCUGUGCAAGUCUCCUGUAUCUUUCCUGGUAUGAUCACUGGUGUAUGAUAUGUUUCCUUGUAAAGAUUUCACUAUUCAUGAAUGCAUAAACCAUGUAGGAAAAAGGGAUGCUGACUUGGUAGCCAUAUAUUUUCUGGGUAGCAUAGAACUCUAUAGCUGGAAUCUACUAGAACCCUCUAACCCAUGUGCUUCUGUGGAGUAAGGAGAGGAAGAGUAUGAAGCUAUGCUGAAAAUAAUGUGUAUGUGUGAGCAUGUGUGUUUGUAUACUGUUGUGUCAGUGUUUCCUUAUUCCUAUUCCAAGAACUUAGGCCCAUUAUAAACUAUAUGAAUUUCCUCUAAUUUUUCUUACAUUAACAAAUUCUAUCUACUUAAAUGUGUAUGUAUGUUAUUUGAAAGGUGCAAUUACUAUCAGAUGCUCAGUUGCCUUUGCCUUUUCCAAUGACACUACUCUAGCCCACACACCUUCUUUAAUGGGCCAGCCUUUAACAUUUGCCACACUUAAUUGCUGUCUUCCUGUCUCUUUUUGCUAAAUGUUCAGGAGUCAUUUCACAGACAAAUCUUGCCUAUUUAUUUUGUCACUGUGGUUUGGCCAUGAACUACUUUGAAGAUAAUAUCAACAUGUGCACCUUCAGUUUUUGGUUGGCCAUCUGGUUUAAGCUCUGUCUACUUCAAAUGACUGAGUUUGACCAUUCAGGUUACUUUGCUUUAUGAAGAGAGUAUAAAUCCAAUUCUCGCUUAGCCCUAGAGUAUGCAGAUCUGGAACCCUGACCUAAACCAAGGUCAUCUUCAAUCCAAGAGCAUUCAGAGAGCCUGGAUUAGCAUUAAAUGGAUCUCCUCUCUCCCUGCUCCAGCCCCCACUCAUGACCCUCCUACGGUCAUGGUUGUGAGCCCCCCAGAUAAUUUUCAAGAUAGAGUCUAAGUAAGGCUUAUUGGCAAAGGACCAAUUAAGUGAAUGACUUUUGGCCUUUGGUGGCUAGUGACUCACAGAGGCAUAGGCAGAGAAGCAAAUUUUACUUUGUCAUGUGAAAUUUCCUUAUCAAAAUCUUAGCGAGAGUAAAAUUUAGUCUAGGACAAAAAAUACUCAAUUGUCUGGCCCCAUAUCACCUAAGUUGGUCACAUAAAUAACAUUUAGUUCUAACAACCUUAUAAACAGAAGGUCCACAUAGCAGAGAGAGACCUGGUUUCAUCCAAUUGUAGAUCUUCCUCCCUUGGCUUCCCUUUCCCCACCAUCCGUCCUCCAACCAUCUUCCUGGAUUCCCCUACAUCCUUCUAUUCCUGAUUCUUUGCUUUUCCGAGACAGAUAUUUUCCAUGUAGAUACUAGACGCUGAGAAGUUUCCCAAAAUGUUACAGAAAAGUGGGAGGGGGGUUAAAAAAUGUUCCUUACUGACCUACCUGCAUUAUCUUCACUCUUUGAAUCCUUUUUGCCGCCUUAUUUCUUUGCCUUUGCCUUCUAGCAUGCUGAAAUGAGAAAGGUUAUAUAAGUGGCAGUAUAGUCAAUGCUAAAAAAAAGCUUUGCAAAUUUUAAGAACAUGCUUUAUAAAGAUAUUUUGAUAUGGAUUCUCCCCAUGCCACACACAUUAGAGCAUUCCUCAAAGAUAUCUUUUUUUUUUUAAGCACCUUUUCAAACGAAAUUAGAGUUUUACCAAACCAGGUGUUAAGGCAAAAUAUAGAAACUUUGAAGUUUCCAAACUUCACCAUACUUAAAAGAAAUAAAUCUAAAAUCUGUUUGUUCUGUAUAGUUUGCAUUUAUUUGACCCUUAUUUAUCAAUAUUACUAUGGAUUUUUAAAGGAAAAUUUACGUGUAGGUGGUUGGAUUUUAAAGUAAUCUUUUAAAGCCCUUUUACUUCUAAUGUAGCAUUUACAUAAAAGAAAAUAAAAAUGGAAUUGAAUUGUAAAA